CCACAGCCCCCGCAGCACCAGCAGCCCUAUGGAUAUGGUGCUCCCCCGCCCGUACCGCUUCAUCCGAAUCAAUACGGCGGUCCUCCUCCACACAGUCCGCAGCCAUGCUAUGGUGCUCCAGCACCGCCGGCGCCCUAUGGCUCGCACAGUCCAGGAUAUCCUCCGGUUCCAGCUCAAGCACCAUAUGGUGCGCCUUCGCCGAUACCCGGACCAUACGGACACUCCCCAGCGCCUGCUCCAUACGGUGCUCCCCCUCCUCCUGCUCAACUAUAUGGCGGCGGUGGUGGUUACCAUUCUCCCUCCCCCUACGGCAAUCCCCAGGGAAGCUGGAACCCCGAAUCCACCAUCCAAACCAUCCGCAAAGCAACAAAAGGCUUCGGCACAGACGAAGCCGCUCUCAUCGCCGCCCUCGCACCCUUAACCCCUCACCAAAUGUCCAUCCUCGUCCGCGCAUUCGAAUCGCAGGUCGGGAAACCGCUCAUGAAGGUCAUCGAGAGCGAGACGAGUAGUAGGGGUUAUUUCCAGUUUGGGUUACGUGGGUUGGUGUUGGGGCCUGUUGCGUGGGAAGCGUGGUUGUUGCAUCGGGCGUGUAGUGGACCUGGGACGAAAGAGGUUACGUUGACGGAGUUGUUGUUGGGAAGGACUGAUGAGGAGAUAUUUGCGCUUAAAGCCGAGUAUGAGCGGCAGUUUCGGAAACCGGUGGAUAAAGCCAUUCGGGGCGAGUUGAGUAUGAAGACGGAGAGGUUUUUCAAUAUGGCGCUCGCUGCUGGGAGAGCGCCUGCGCAUGUCCCGAUCGACCACAAUCAAGUCACGAAUGAUGCGCAUACGUGUCAUAACGGAAUGCACGGGCUCGGCACAGACGAAAUCCCCAUCUGUGGGAUCUUCUCCACCCGCUCCCUCCCGCACCUCUCCGCUCUCGCCCAAACCUACCAAUCCCUCUACCGCCGUCCCCUCCUCUCCGCGAUCCAGUCCGAUUUCUCCGGACACAUGCGUGACGGCUUAGUCCAAAUCCUCGCGAUGGCACUUAACCCCGCUGCGCGGAAAGCGGAAUUAUUGGAGGCUGCGAUGGCGGGGGCGGGGACGAAGGAUGAGUUGUUGUGUAUGAGGGUUAUCAGGGGGCGGUGGGGUGUUGAUGGGGUACCGUGGGAGAGGGUGAAGGGGGAGUAUGCGAGGAUGUAUGGGAAGAGUUUGGUAGGGAGGGUUAAGGGGGAUACGAGUGGGGAUUAUGAGAGGUUGAUGGUUGCGAUUAUUGGGAAUUAG